UUCUGUUCGCUUCUUAUCAAUGUUAUCGCUUUAAAAACCCCACUCAAAUGUAGUUCAGUAAUCACAUGCCAUAGUUAGUCGUGGCAGAAUGACGGAUGACCAAAAUUCUCAGAAGAUUUCAGUGGAUCAUGUUACUGACCCUGUCGAUCGUUGAAUUUAGUUUUGAGGCGUGCAAUUUAUUCUACAGUUGAUUAUUUUACGGCUACUUGCAUGCGACAUUAGGUAACUUGCUUACGAUUGGUUCAUAAACAAUGAAAAACUGGGCCUGUGCCAAAAAGCGUGCACAGGCGAAUAAGUGAAACAGACAUGCGCCGAACCGAGAAACCCUCCCUUUAAUAGUACGUUAGAUGCCAUACAUGCUUUUUCAACAAACAAGCAAGUUUUCUCUAACAAGCUUUGUUUGGCAUUCGCAAUCCCUACUGGCUAUGAGACUCCAGAGGCUUUCCGCUGUAAAUACAGAGGUCUAAAGUUAUUUCAAGGCUUGAUAUCCACCAAGAAAGUGCUAAAAAUUCCGAAUACCCCCUACAACGGUUCUCCUACAAUAGACAGUCUAACUCUGAAACACAAUCCCAGGGCAACACACUGUCAACUCGCUUCUGCUAUGUAUCGUAUCGAUUUCCCCGUAACUCUCCCUCUCCCGCUGGGGUGUGUGCGGCGUCAAUCAUUGUCAAGUUUGCAAGGUCACGGUGGCCUCUGAAACAGAACCUUUCUUUAGUUAUUCGGCUCGAUUGUUAGGCAACUUCAAUGUGAGACAAAGUCCUAAGAACCCGACUAAACAUAUCAUGUGACCACAACUUUGCGUGACCAGCGGUGAGAAACGAACAUCAAGCUGUUACUUUCAGCCCGCCAUGUUGGACUGAAACAUUGAGAAAUUUUAAUAACACGCAGAUCCGAAUAAGUGGAGAGUUAUUUUUAAUGCGCUGUUACAAUGUCUGAAAUCGAGUACAAGAGCUUAAAACUUGCAAUAAGUAAGAGACUUGACGAACAGAACAUACUCGGGGACAUACUGUGUUUGUGCGAAGGAAAGAUUGCGUCUGGUAGCGAACACGACAUCCAGAAUGCUUGGUCGUUGUUUAAAAAACUGGAAGAACAGAAUAAUCUAGGAGCUGAUCGCCUGGAAGAUAUGAAAGAGUUACUCAAAGGUGUCGGGGAGUGGUCUCUCAACGAAAAAGUUGAAAAGUUCGAGAGAAAAAGACAGGAAUAUAGCCGCCUACUUAAACAGAUCAUUCUGGUACUCGACGAGCUCAAUGAUGUGGAAAGACUGCUUGCCAUUUGCCGAGGAAAGAUAUCGGAAGAAAGUGAGCGCCAUAUUCAAGAUGUUCGCUCAUUAUUUAAAGAGCUUGAAAACCAGAACAACUUAGGAAUUCACCGACUGGGCAUCUUGAAAGAGAUUCUGACUGAAACGGAGAAUCAUGUUCUCCUCAAGGUAGUGGAGGAGUUCGAAGAGCGAAGAAAGCAAGAAGAUGAGCUUAAAAGGAAGGAGGAUGAUUCUAAAAGGAGAAAAGCACAAGCAGUUGCUGUUGCUUCAUCCAUUGGAAAUAAAUUGAUGGGUGUGCUAAACAUCAAGACAGUAUUCAAAGCGGUUGCAGUAGUUUCUACUGCUGAGCUCUUGAUUGGUUGG